CUGCAGCCCUGCGAUGGCGCUGGGACGGACUGGAAAAUAUCGUUGAUUUCUCCCCAGACAAAAGCAAAGCAGAUGCAUCAUUGACACUCCAUCCUCUCGCAAUUUACCUUGUUCACUGUAAUGCAGCUUUCGCGUGUCGCCCACAUCGCAUUGCCCCUGCCGCGUUUACCUCUCAGCCUGGGCCUGCCUAUCUUUGCCUUGUCGUUGCCCUCGCGUUGCCUUCCCUCGAUUUCCUCUAUCGAUGCAGCCAAGCCGGAUCCAGACAUGAUCAGCACCCAACAGUGACUAGCCCGCCACAGGCUCGCCUUAUUUGCUUCCUCCGCCUGCGCCGCCCGCUCUGCCCCUCAGCGCAAUUUGAUAUCAGCACGCGAGCGAGUGUUCGUCUGUCUGGCCAUCCACCCCUCCAAGUCGCGCGGCACAGGCAAAUGGCUCGCCUCGUGCGGGCCGCUGUCAGGCCCGGUGGCCUGGCACACCUAGCCGCGUCUCGGCCACUAUCCAUGCGACCAGGGGUCGUACCCCUCGGCUAUAUCCGUCGCAGGCCGGUAUUCUCACUCGCCAAGCGGCCGUCGACCCCUCGCCACCGGACCCCGCUGGCGCCGCUGCUCGUCGGCGGAGGUCUCCUGGUCUACUCACUAUAUCCCUCAGACGACUUCCAGCACAUGCAGAGGCAUGGGACGAAGGCCGCUCCUACGUGGUGUCCUGUGACGGAACCCUGCAACGGCGACGCCCGGGGGGCUGGCUCCCAACAGGGUGCUUGGUCGACCUUUGCUAGCAGCUUCGAGGGCAUUUCGAAAAUGACCGAGGGCGACUGGGGCACAUCCACAGUUGUCGGCUUCAUCCUGCCCGAGUGGACAAAACUUCUGCCGGGCUAUCUUCGCAAACUCCAGCGCGAGCUCUCUCUGGCCCCUGGCUCUCUCGCCGAUGAGGUGUGGGCCGAUGCCCACGAUCCGUCUGUCCACCCCGAGAUACGAUACUCGGCCAGUGUCCGAGUUUCGAGUGAUUUGUGUGACGACGAAAAGAGCUUUCUUGAGCGCAGGAGGAAGGUUGCCAGGGUCGCUCUCGCCAAGUACCUCGGGCUCGCCGAGGAGGACAUCCACCCAGACGACAUGCCGACCAUCGGCAUCUGCGGCUCUGGGGGUGGUCUCCGGGCCCUUGUCGCCGGUGCCGGAUCCAUGUGCGCCGCUUCCGAAGACGGCCUCUUCGACUGCGUCACAUACAUGGCAGGCGUCAGCGGAUCGUGCUGGCUGCAGAGCAUGUACUUCUCCACAAUCACCAACUGUGACAUGCACCAGCUUAUCGACCACCUCAAGGCUCGCCUGAGCGUCCACAUCGCCUUCCCACCUGCCGCCUUUUCAGCCCUCGUAUCGGCCCCGACCAACAAGCCCCUCCUGAGCGGCCUGAUCGAGAAGCUAAAGGGUGACCCCAAGGCUGACUUCGGCCUCGUCGACGUAUAUGGGAUUCUGCUUGCAGCAAGACUUCUGGUCCCUAGGGGUGAGCUGGAUGUCGACGAACAAAACUUCAAGCUUUCGCACCAGAGACAAUACGUCCGUGCUGGCGCCAAUCCCCUGCCAAUAUACACGGCCGUGAGGCACGAGAUUCCCGAUGUCGAUGUCGACUCGCCCGCUGAGGUGCCCUCGGCAUCCGAGGAAUCUAAAGCGAAGGCGAAAAAGGAAGCUUGGUUCCAGUGGUUUGAGAUCACACCUUAUGAGUUUUUCUGCGAGGAGUUCGAGGCUGGCAUCCCAACGUGGGCCAUGGGCAGGAGGUUCCGUGAUGGCAAGGACAUGCCGCAGGCCGGCGGCCUCCACCUACCAGAGAUCCGCAUGCCGCUGCUUCUCGGCAUGUUUGGCAGCGCCUUUUGUGCAACGCUGAGCCAUUAUUACAGAGAGAUCCAGCCGCUCGUGCAGAGCAUGUCGGGCUUUGCCGCCAUCGAUCAGGCCAUCUCGGGCCGGAACGAAGACCUCAGCAAGGUCCAUCCCAUCGACCCCACGAGCCUCCCGAACCCGGUCUACGGCAUGGGCGAAGGAAAGCUACCCAAGACGGCCCCGGCCAGCCUGCCAAAAAGCGAGUAUAUCCAGCUCAUGGAUGCUGGAAUGUCCAACAACCUCCCCAUCUACCCUCUCCUCCGCCCGGGGCGCAAUGUCGAGGUCAUCAUUGCGUUCGACGCGUCCGCCGACAUCAAGACGGACAACUGGCUGUCGGUAGCAGACGGCUAUGCCCGGCAGAGAGGAAUCAAGGGCUGGCCCGUCGGUAUCGGCUGGCCCAAGGAGGAGACCCCGCCACAGGAGACAGCCAAGCAGCUGCAGGAGGCGAGCGCAAGCUCUACGGACGAAGCGGAGCGCAAGGUCCAGGACGCGCAGCACCAUCAGGCCGCCAAGCAGCCUGGCGGCUCCGGCUCUGGCGUCGCCAAAGACGAGGCCACUGCCGCCAUGGGCCACGACGGCGAGGCGGUCGAGAGCAAGAACAAGUACGAGGAGGCGGCCAGGACGCUGGGCUACUGCACGGUCUGGGUCGGCACGACGCAGGAGCGGUCGACGGAGCCGCCCCCGCCCAUCAAGUCGGACGGCGACGGCGACUCGUGGAGGCUGAUGGAGCCCGACGCGGGCAUCGCCGUCGUGUACAUGCCGUUCCUGCCGAACGACAAGGUGGCCGACGUGGACCCGGCCUCGAGCGACUACAUGAGCACGUGGAACUUUACCUACAUGCCCGACCAGGUCGACAAGGUGGUGGCGCUCGCCAAGGCAAAUUACAGUGAGGGCCGCGAGCAGAUCAGGGCCACGGUCCGCGCCGUCUACGAGCGCAAGAGGAGGCUGCGCGAGCAGAGGGAGGAGGCCGCCCGCCGCGAGAGGUACCGCAGGCUCCUCAGGCGGGGGGACGUCGGGAAGCUGGGUGAGUGGGAGGGUGACCACUUUAGCUGAGGGCGGACUAGGUGUGUUCAAGUUGGCAGUUUAAUGUACCAGGCACCUUUUUUGUACAACCUAUGUUUUUUUUUAUGUUGGGUGUCCGCCUUGGGCCUAGAUAUAGAUAUACCUGGGCUAGAUGGAACAGGAUGGGGCUCACUCCCGUCCACAUUCCCCGCCCCUUGCGCGAGGGGUGCGGGCCACUUUGUUACUCGAGCUCGGCAUGUCGGUUGAGUAAAAGGCCACAACCGGGGAGAGCUUGCUUGUUUAUUUGACGAAACGGCCAGGCGGAGAAAGAUGUGUGGAUAAUACAUCUUGGUGAGCCUAGCAAGCGCCAGACGACAUAUUACCCCAACAGAUACAUCUCCGCAUAUACCCAACUCGCUACCUAGCUGUCCUGGCCCCUAGGUCCGUUUUCACCGCUGGCAUCACCGUCUGUGGC